CAGAAAGUCAUCUUUGACACUGUACAAGAAAGUAAUCUUCGACACUGCCAUUGCUUAACCUACGGAAGAGAGCACCAAAAUGGCAGAGAAUCAGGAACUGUUCUGUUGCUCCAUCUGUCUGGAUCUACUGAAGGAUCCGGUGACUACUGCCUGUGGACACAGUUACUGUAUGGGCUGUAUUAAAGAAAGCUGGGAUCAGGAUGUUCUGAAAGGUGUCUACAGAUGUCCACAGUGCAGACAGACCUUUACCCCAAGACCUGUUCUGAAGAGAAACAUUGUGCUGGCUGAAGUGGUGGAGAAUCUGAAGAAGACAGGACUCCAGGCUGCUCCCCCUCCUGCUCUGUGCUAUGCUGAACCUGGAGAUGUGGUGUGUGAUGUCUGCAAAGGGACCAGAAAACAGAAAGCCCUCAUGUCCUGUCUGGUGUGUCUGGCCUCUUACUGUGAGACUCACCUCCAACUUCACUAUGAAUCCCCUGCUUUGAAGAAGCACAAGCUGGUCAAAGCCACCGCACAACUACAGGAGAAUGUCUGCUCUCAUCAUGACAAACUGCUGGAGGUUUUCUGUCGUACCGAUCAGCAGUGUAUCUGUUAUCAGUGUGUGAUGGAUGAACAUAAAGGCCAUGAUACAGUGUCAGCUUCAGCAGAGAGGACUGAGAAACAGAGGCAGCUGGGGAUGAGUCAGCAGAAGGUCCAGCAGAGAUUCCAGGAGAAAGAGAAGGAGCUGAAGGAGCUCCAACAGGCUGUGGAGUCUCUCAAGCGCUCUGCACAGGCAGCAGUGGAGGACAAUGAUCAGAUCUUCACUGAGCUGAUCCACUCCAUUGAGAGAAGGCGCUCUGAGGUGAAGAAGCUGAUCAGAUCCCAAGAGAAGGCUCAGGUGAGUCAAGCUGAAGGACUCCUGGAGCAACUGAAGCAGGAGAUAGCUGAGCUGAGGAAGAGAAGCACUGAGCUGGAGCAGCUCUCACACACAGAGGAUCACAUCCAUUUCCUCCAGAGUUAUCAGUCUCUCGCCAGUAUCAGUGUAUCUUCAGACUUACCCAGCAUCGUUGUCCAUCCUCUUCAGUACUUUAGAGAUGUGAGUAAGACUUUGUCUGAACUGAGAGAAAAAGUAGAAGACUUCCUUAAAGGAGAAUGGACCAAGAUCUCCACUACAGUGAAUAUAGUGGAUGUUGUACUGCCUCCAGAGCCCAAGACCAGAGAACAGUUCUUACAAUAUUCCUGUCAGCUCACACUGGACCCAAACACAGCACACACACGCCUCUCUCUGUCUAAAGGGAACAGAAAGGUGACCUAUACAGGCCAAGUCCAACCAUAUCCUGAUCAUCCAGACAGAUUCACAAAUGACUUGAUGGUGCUGUGUAGAGAGGGUCUGUCUGGACGCUGUUACUGGGAGGUGGAGUGGAGUGGGCUGUGUGUUAUUACAGCAGUCUCAUAUAAAGACAUCAGCAGAACAAGGAGAAGUAAUACAUUUGGACUCAAUGACAAGUCCUGGAGUUUACACUACUAUAGUGAUGGUUAUUGGUUCAGACACAAUAGUGUUAGGACGAAAGUACCAGGCGUUCAGUCCUCCAGAGUAGGAGUGUACCUGGAUCACAAGGCAGGUACUCUGUCCUUCUACAGUGUCUCUGACACAAUUACCCUCCUCCACAGAGUCCAGACCACAUUCACUCAGCUCCUCUAUCCUGGGUUUUCUAUCGAUUGUAUUUUCUCUGGUACUGCUGAGCUGGUUAAACUGUGGUAAGGGCCCAUUUACUAAAUUAAUUAAAAUUAUUCAAAUGCAAAGUUUUUAUCUUGUACAUCAAAAUUCUGUCCUGUGUUUUGUCUCUAUGGUACUUCUGAGCUGGUUAAACUGUAGUAGGGUCCACAUAGAUACUAGUCAUGCUGGUGUAAUCUAUAGCUGAGCUGGUUAAACUGUAGUAGGGUCCACAUAGAUACUAG